GGCGCGCGCGCGGCGCCGUUGCCGCUGGUGCUCAACACGUGGGCCUUCCGCGGGGCGGCGGAGACAGCAUGGCGUACUUUACAGUCAGGAGGCUCUGAGUUAGAUGCAGUCGAAACAGGUUGUGGUCAGUGUGAGAUUGAGCAGUGUGAUGGAAGUGUGGGGUUUGGAGGAAGCCCAGAUGAACAUGGAGAAACAACGUUAGAUGCUAUGAUAAUGGACGGCAACACCAUGGAAGUUGGGUCUGUAGCAGAUCUCAGACAUGUAAAAAAUGCUAUUGGUGUAGCACGAAAGGUGAUGCAACACACUAAGCAUACACUAUUGGUGGGAGAGUCAGCCUCCUUGUUUGCUGUGAGCAUGGGGUUUCCAUAUGAAGAUUUAACCACUCAGAACUCACUUUCAAUAUAUUUAAAGUGGCUUAAUCAAAGCUGCCAGCCAAACUACUGGAAGAAUGUAAUACCAGAUCCUUCAAAAUCCUGUGGACCAUACAAACGGGCUAAAGAAUUAAAUAACAGAAAAGAGUGGAGCAUCUCACAAAGAAAAAUGAAUAUUCAUAAUCAUGAUACUAUUGGCAUGAUUGUAAUUGGUGAGGCUGGAAACGUUGCUGCUGGGACAUCUACAAAUGGUGCAACCCACAAAAUCCAGGGUCGUGUAGGAGACUCUCCAAUAGCUGGGGCUGGAGCUUAUGCCGAUAGCACAGUUGGUGGAGCUGCAGCCACUGGAGAUGGUGAUGUCAUGAUGCGAUUUUUACCCAGUUAUCAAGCAGUGGAGUAUAUGAGGAUGGGAAUAGACCCAACUAUAGCCUGUCAGAAAGUUAUUUCUAGAAUCCAGAAGUAUGCUCCAGAGUUCUUUGGUGCUGUUAUCUGUGCCAACACAACUGGAAGUUAUGGUGCUGCCUGCAAUAAAAUUCCAGGAUUCAGACAGUUUCACUUCAUGGUUUACAGUCCUUUGCUAAGUCAGCCAUCUGAGCAAGUAGUAGACUGCAUUUAA